AUGUAUGUUGCUUGUACGGAACUCUUGAAAUCAAUGAAUGUUAGUGUUAUUGACUUUGCCACCGCUUUGAGAGAUGAGAUAAAGAGUAAAACUAAUUGUCCCUGCUCAACAGGAUUCGGUGGUAACAGACUGCAAGCUCGCUUGGCUACUAAGGAGGCUAAACCCAAUGGACAAUUCUUUCUCACAGCUGAUAUAAUUAAUGAUUUUAUGUAUAAUAUAGAACUGAGUGAUUUACUAGGUGUCGAUAUGAGACCUCACAUAAAUUUGAGUCUUUAG